CUGUCCCCUCCCCUCUUUGCCACUUUCCAAGGCACCACACCACCAAAAGCGAGCGGCCCUUCUCCUCCUCCUCCAUUGCUGGCCUCCUCUCGCCUCCCUAGGCCGCUGGCCGCUGGCCGCAGCAGAGCAAAAGAGCACCAAGCAGCCUUUCUUUAGACCAACGACAAGAUUACAAGAACAAGAACCACAAGAACAAGAAACACCACCUGUCCUUGAACCAAAUACUACUACUAGUACGCGAGAUAGGAGCAGAGCGGGAGAGGAGGAGGUGCAGGGAGCGAGGAGAGGCUGCUGCUGCUGUUGUCUCGCGCGAUCUUUGAUUGAUAUGGGUGUUCUUGGCUUCGGUGCUUCCAACAUCCUCCUCUGCGCGGAGGACAGCAGCAGCGUGCUUGGGCUGGGCGGCGACGAGGCCGUGGCGGAGGUGGGGUGCGGCCUUGGUUUCCUCGACUCCGGUGCCGGUGCCGUGUUUCCCGUCGACUCCGAUGAGUUCGUGGCGUUUUUGGUGGAGAAGGAGAUGGACCAUCUUCCUCAGAGCGGUUAUCUGGAGAAGCUGGAGCUUGGAGGAUUGGAGUCUUCUUGGAGGAAAGAUGCCAUUGAUUGGAUUUGCAAGGUCCAUUCCUACUACAACUUUGGACCACUCAGCCUUUACCUCUCGGUGAACUACCUGGAUAGGUUUCUCUCCUCGUUUGAUCUCCCUCAUGACAAAUCUUGGAUGCAACAGUUCCUGUCAGUUAGUUGUCUAUCUCUUGCUAUGAAGAUGGAGGAGACUGUGGUCCCUCCUCCGGUGGACCUUCAGGUUUACGAUGCAAAGUGUAUGGAUGCAAGGAGUAUUAAGAGGAUGGAACUCAUUGUGAUGAAAGCCCUGAAUUGGAGGAUGCAAGCUGUGACCCCAUUCUCGUUCAUCAGCUACUUCCUGUACAAGUUCAAUGAAGGGAAGCCACCGAGCUACACGCUGGCCUCGUGGUGCGCUGAGCUCACAGUUGGCACUCUUAAAGACUCCAGGUUCCUGUCAUUCAGGCCGUCUGAGAUCGCUGCCGCAGUGGUGUUAGCAGUGCUUGUUGAGAAUCGGUUUCUUGUCUUCAGCAGUGCCCUUGCAGCAUCUGAAAUCCCUGUAAAUAAGGAGAUGGUUAUGAGAUGCUAUGAGCUGAUGCUAGAGAAGGCAUUAGUGAAGAAGAUGGGGAACAGCAAUGUAGGCUCUUCAGUUCCUUGCAGCCCGAACACCGUGUUGGAUGCAGCUUGCUUCAGCUUUAGGAGUGAUGACACAACACUAGGAUCAUCACAGUCAAACAACAGCAACAAAAAUUACAACAGCCAGGACUCUACUUCUGCUUCCAAGAGGAGAAGAUUAAGCACAACACCAAUCUGAUACACUUGUACAUACAUUACUUGGCAUUGCUUUGCGCUUGUUUAUUCAGGAGAACAACUCAUCAGGGUAACAAGUAGUGGUGCAUACCGGGCAUCAUCAUAACAAGCAAGAUGAAAGUGAGCGGCAAUAAGGUAGUAUCAGCUUCUUGAACUCAGGAUGAUGAAGAGAGAAGGGUGUGUUUUGAGGAGAGGAGGGGGUCUUCUUUCUCUUGCAGUUUUGUUUCCCCUUUUCUCCUACUUUUAUUUAUCCUUUUUCUACUUCCCCUUCUCUAAGCAGGGAAAUUUUUGUGGAUAGGAGAUUGGACAUGUGAGGAUGUGAGAAAUCAACAAAAAGAAUUUCGUUUUGUUCCUUUAUUCUUUCACCAUAUAAAAAUGAUUCAUGGUGUGAGAAAUUCUGACAUUAUUUCCUUCAUCUGAGUUCUGAUAAAGGUGUGCUACUGAUUCAUCAAUGUGUUGACUGGUUGUCUGUGAGACCUACAUUUCUCUCUU